AUGACGAUCGUGAUCGUGACCGUGAUCGCACCAAUGGCGCUCGUUGCGGUGAUCGCCGCCGAGGAAGUGCAGCGGGUUCAGCGGACAAGCUUUCCAGACUCCCCCGAUAUCUUAGGCCCCUGCAUAUCAUCCCUGUGGCACAAGCUUAGCCUGUUUUGGCUGGCUGCCUUCCAGGCCUGGACAGUUCGCCGUUCGCCAUGGGCUGGCUGCCUCUCUUUGGCUGCCUCUCUUUGCGAAGUGAUGUUACGCUCUGCUGACUCUCGCAGAGUACACACAUACUCUGUUUUGCCCCGACGUCCGAUCAUAACCCUUUUUGAGUUAUGCCGUGCAUCUUCCCGCAACGGCUGGCCAGUGCAGAAUGACAGCUCGGGGGCAUUUCGGAGAGCCCCUUGCGGGAGGUACCGUGAGAACCACAAGCAAAAAAAAAAAGAGGAAAAAGAAAAAGAGAGUAGAAAAGCUUAG